CGGGUAACGGCCAAACUCAGAACAGGGCCACCAAACGCCACGACAGGGAACGGCCAACGUGGUCCCGCAUCGGCCAAGAGCAUCAAGCACAGAAAUCUACUCUCCUUCACUUCGUCUACAUCUCAGCUUAGAGAGUGGGGGACUCCUGAUGGAGUAUAUGGGUCUAGGCCCCAGGACCCACAUACUCAGAAGAACAGAAGGUACCAUGAUCGCUGGGUGACCUCGUCGGCCGUGCCCUCAUCAGCCAUGCCCUCAUCGGCCAUGCCCUCAUCGGCCAAGAAAAGGUCUACUCAGAAUAUGAUCCAGAAGCCCGGAGAACCGGGUGCCCUCAUCGGCCAUGCUCUCAUCGGCCAUGCCCUCAUCGGCC